AUUCAUCAAUAUUAUUAGUAGUUAAAACGGCCACGAUGCCCUCGACAGUAACUCUGGAGCAACUCCAGUGUGGCCCAAAACUGACCCUGAAAUUUAUGGUUUCCUGCAGUAGCAGUGAUAUCGACAGGAAGGCGAGUGAUGCAGUGACUGAGCCUAUUAAUGUAAACAACCUGGCUUUAGUCCGAUUCAAAUUUCACUAUGCCCUAAAAGAUUUUUACCAUCUUAUUUCUACUAUAUCAACUAAAAAAAAGGAGACUGUUAAAUAUUCAACAGUUACAAUUAAUGUAACUUGUGAUACAGUUGAAAAAGAGUGCAUUUGCUCAGAUGAUUGGACAGAAAUUGAGUUAAUUUCCAAAGUACGUGAUUCUUCCCAAAAUGUUGUAAUACUUGUAAUAACUAGUUUACAAGUAAAUAUUACCACACAAGAAACCGCAUGUCCCCUCCUACAGUCACUCAAACUUUAUGAAGAUGACGAGUUUACCGACUUUCAACUGCAUGUAGCUGAUGGUACUGUUGCAGUGCACAAAAGUGUAUUGUCCAUCCACAGUGAUGUGUUCAAGACAAUGCUGAGAGGAAAGGAGUGGAAGGAAACAAAACAAAACACUAUUGAAUUAGCUGGAGUUACCUUGCAGACUCUUCAGCAUCUUAAGUCCUACAUGUACUUGAGUACUUUACCUGAUGAAGGACUAGAAGACCUCCUGCUUUUAGCUGCACUCUAUAUGAUGGACCACUUGAAGGCUCAUUGUAUUCAAAAGCUUGUUGAAAAUGUGACACCAGAAAAAAUGGAUCGCCUCAUUGAAUUCGCUUGUCAGAACAAUAUGCCAGAUCUAGUUCGAGCCCUCAUAAACCACUCUUCAAUGAAAAUAGAAUAAGUUUAGACUGGUAUUCAUAAGGCUUAUUCAUAGAUAAAGUAUGGUAGGUAUGUAUACUUUUGCACUCAUUAGUAAUAGGUAGUUCUACUAGGC